UGUCGCGCCGGCUCACCUCUGGUCCCGCCCGCGUCGCUCACCCGAUUUCAUCUCACCACCGGCCUCACUCUCACCUCCACCGCCCAACUGACACGGCACCGCACCCGCACGGCGCAGCGUAGGCGCUCCGCCCUUGUCCAUGGCUCACCAUAGCCACCCCGCGAACCCUCACCUCCACCAUGGCGGCGGCGGCAGUAGCAGUAUCACCAGUACCAGCACCACACCCAGCGGCCCGCGGCUACGCGCCGGCCCCAACCUCGACGCCUUUGGCGCCAUCAUCGCCGGCGACCGCGCGCCCAAAGGCGAGAUCAACGUCGAGACGCGCGCCGCCAUCAUCGCCGCCGUCCAGGCCGGCGAGAAGAAGAAGAGCAUUGCCCGCCGCUUCGGCAUCUCCGGCGCCUCCAUCAACCGCACCCUUGACCGGUUCGAGAAGACGGGCCAGCUGACGUCGCGGCCCCGCGCCGGCCGGCCCCGGACCAAACCUCUCCCUGCGCGGCCCACGGACCCGACGUCCCGCCGUCGCCCCGGGCCCCCGCGCUCCCUCAACCUGCCCCGGGUCCUCGUCGGCCCCCCGGUCCACGCCAGCCCCGGCGCCGCGGUCUCGUUCCUCACGCCUCAGCAGGAGCGCACCCUCACACGCCUCCUCGCCACUCUCACCGUCACCCUGCACCCGACCACGUACGUCUACUGCAGCUUCGCCGACCCCUCCCGCCUGCCUCCCAUGCCGCAGAUCCAGCUCUUCUUCCAGGAGCCCGGCGGCAUCACCAUCGUCACCAGCAUGGGCUACGCCCGGGCCCACAACCUGCCCUACCUGUCCCCCUGCAAGAUGCUGACCCUCGCCGUCACUCCGGACCUGCCCGCCCUGGGGCUCAUGCCCAUCGUCGAGGCCCGCCUCGCCGCCGCUGGCAUGUGUGCCAACACCGUGAGCGGCUUCUUCCGCGACCACCUUUUUGUCCCCGUCGGCCGCGAGCACGAGGCGGUGCGCGUCCUGACGGCCAUGGCCGAGGAGAAGCGGCACGAGGCCUCCAUUGUUGAGGGUCAGUUCCCAACCGUGCCGCCGUACGUGCCUCCUCCGGCGAGUACGACACCCGAGGGCAGCGUGCCACCAAGGGGCACCAGCGCGCGCCCGACGGGCCCUGAGGUUGCGGCCAGCGACACCACAUCGUUUGAUAGGGACGCAGACUCGGACGACCCCCACGCUAUGAGUGAGCCGUUCACUGAGGACGAGUCUGCCGACGAAGAAGGCGCCUCUCCGUCCCCCGCUGGUGAAGAGGCAGAUGCCGACGAAGCAGCCGCCGAGAGCCAAGUUCUGGCCGAGACGCGGGCGGCAGCGGCGGCGACGACGACCACGACGCAGGCGGUGGGGGAUGGGGAUCAGGACCAGGACGUGACGCGGAGCCCAUCGCUCGGUGCCGACAGCAGGAGCCCGGCCGGCAACGCGACCGGGGAAGAUACGGGCGGUGAAUCCGGUCCGUUUGCCGGCGCGCGCGAGGCUUUCGAGGCUUUGCGCAAGGCUGCCAUGCAAGCAGAUCAUUCAAGAGCGUCCUAGGUCGCGGCGACGUCGGUGAGCGAAUGAAUGACUGGCCAUAAGCAAGCGGUCACUUGAGCGGAGCGUUUCUGGAGUUUGGUGUGAUGGCAGAGGACUUUGGGAUAUCAAUCUGCCAGGGGUUGUGACUGGUCGUAUAUCUUGUCAGCCAUGCUGGGACGGGCAUACUGUAGUUAUAAUGAGGGCGUUGGGGUUGCGGGCGUCCCCCGUGUAGCAACCCCGUCAUGUGUUUUAGCAAGCAAGCAAGCAAGUAAGCAGCAUUGAAAUAGGCAAAAAGGUGGCAAGG